AUGCUUCCCCUCGGAUUGCUCAAUGCCGCUCAGGGCCACCCCAUGCUGGUCGAGCUGAAGAAUGGAGAGACGCUCAACGGACACCUGGUCAUGUGCGAUACGUGGAUGAACCUCACCCUCAAAGAAGUCGUGCAGACAAGCCCUGAAGGAGAUAAAUUCAUGCGUCUGCCAGAAGUCUACGUCAAGGGAAAUAACAUCAAGUACCUUCGUGUUCCCGACGAGAUCAUCGACCAAGUCACCGAGCAGCAGAAGAACCAGCAAGGCGGCGGAUUCCGUGGCGGUCGCGGCGGCCACCAGUCAAGAGGCGAUCACGGCGGUCACGGCGGCCGUGGGGGCGGCGACAGAGGGCGAGGCCGUGGAGGCAGAGGUCGCGGCAGGGGACGUGGGCAGUAA